AUGGGCAACAAGUUUAUUGAGUACUUGCGCGGAAAGGAGAGCAGGCCUGGCGAGGCUGCUCUCCUGCGCAAACUCGACUUCUUCAUCCUGACCUUCUGCUGUCUCAUGUACUUUGCCAACUAUCUUGACCGAUCCAACCUCGCCAAUGCCUACGUCUCUGGCAUGAAGGAGGACUUGAACUUCCAGGGAAACCAAUUUAACAUCAUCAACACCGUCUUCACUGUCGGAUACAUUCUCGGCCAGGUCCCCUCCAACCUGGCCCUCUACUACCUCAAACCAAGAAUCUUCUUCCCCAGCAUGAUGCUCGUCUGGGGCGGCCUGACCAUGGUCACCGCCGCUGUCAAGAACCCCCAGGGCAUCAUGGCCAUCCGCUUCUUCCUAGGUCUGGCUGAAUCCUCCACUUUCGUCGGAACCCACUACAUCCUGGGCUCCUGGUACACGGAGCGAGAGCUGGGCAAGCGCAGCGGUAUCUUCACUGCCUCCGGCCUGGCGGGAACCAUGUUUGGCGGGUUCAUCCAGACCGGUAUCAAUUCUUCCCUGCACGGCGCACGGGGUAUGCCUGGUUGGAGAUGGUUGUUCAUUAUUGACGGCCUCAUCACCGUCCCCAUCGCUCUCUACGGCCUGUUCCUCUUCCCCGACACCCCGAGCACCACCAGGGCUCCCUACCUGACCGAGGCGGACAAGGCCCUCGCCAUCGCCCGUGUCCCCGAACGCAGCGCCGAGCGUACUCGCAUCGACUGGGCAUUCGCCAAGCGCGUCUUCUCCUCCUGGCACUGGUACGGCUUCGUCAUGCUCUGGGUCAUCGCCGGUGAGACCGAGUCGUUCUCCACCAACUCCCUCCUCGCCCUGUACAUGAAGGCCCACCCCACCCACAAAUACACCAUCGCGCAGAUGAACAACUACCCGUCCGGCGUGCCCGCCGUCGGCAUCGUCUCCACGCUCUUCUGGGCCACUUUGACCGAUUUCCUCGGCGGGAAGCGAUAUCUUGUCGGCUUCUGGAUCGGCAUCACAGGCGUCGCCACGUCCGCUAUGAUCCUGGCGCCGGGUUCAUCCACGGCCACCAUCUUCGGGGCGUACUACUGGGCUGGUUCCGUGUACGCCUGCCAGGCUACCUUCUUCGCCUGGGCCAACGACGUGAUGCGGUACAAGGACGAUGCCCUGCGUAGCGUGGUGAUUGCCAGCAUGAACAUGGGCAGCAACGUGAUCAAUGCCUGGUGGAGCAUUCUCUUCUACCCCGCGGAUACCGCUCCGUACUUUACUAGAGGUAUGUGGGCGAUGAUUGCGUGCUCGAUCGCCAUGGCGAUCUGGACCGCAGGUCUCCUGUACAUGUCCGUCCGGGAAGAGAAGAGAGAGGCUCGUCAAAACGAGAUCACUGCCGAGAAGGUUGUAGUUGACGUUGACGAGAAGGUAUAG